AUGGGGAGCUCAUCCUCUUCCUCUGAUUCAGCCUCCUCCAUGGCACAUUCUCAUUGCUCUCAUGCUCACUUCCUCAAUCUCUUGAUUGACCUCUUCUCCUUCCUCUUCACUCUCAGUCUCAUCACUCCUUCUUCACUUGGAGAGCCAUUCCCUCCUCUUGAACAAGACUGCUCCUCAGAGUACAUGUCCUCUGCAUCAGACUCUUCUUGCCAUUCUCUCUCUCAUCACUCUCCAACCUUCAUCUUGGACACCUUCUCUCAUUCUUCUUGCUUCUCUGCCAUUCUUCUUGAAGCACUUGGCUUCCCUCACCUCUCAACAUCUUGA